AGCCGCCAAUGCACACCACCAAACCCUGAUUGGCUACCGCAACUGUCUGUCAUAACGAACUGUCCAAUGAACGCAGAGCGUCAGUCAAGUGACAGCAAAUACCUGUCUGCGUGCUGGCCCCGCCUUCUUGCUGGCACAGGGAAACUUUCCCUUUUACAACGACGCGUCCUGUUGCUAAGUGACUGAAUAAGGAGCCAGUUGAUUGGUGGAGGCUCCCUCACUGACCAAUCGGAGGCGCUGUUGAUAGCAGGUCACGCAGGAAGCGGCCGUUGUGCUGGUUGAGAGCUGCCCGAACCUCUCACAGAGCCCAGAGAGAGACAGACCCCGAGCCAUGAAUUUCUCGUUCAGCAGGAGAGACAGGAGCCCGUUUAGACACAUAGCCCAUGGCUUGAUCCCAGCAGCUACGGUAGCUCCUAGAUCAGCUGUUCCCCGUACUCCUCCCCCGCGCAGUCCAAACCCCUCCCCAGAGAGACCCAGAUCCGCUCUUGCAGCAGCAAUUCUCUUGACUUCUUUAACAGGCCGUACUGUAGCCCUUCCUCAACCACGUCAAAGGUCGUUCUCUGAAAAUGACAGUUCUUACGUUGAAGACACAAGUAUGAUUGAUCCAUACGCAACUGCAAGAGACCUUGGAUUAGAGCAAAACUGGAAAGACUAUGCAGAUAGAAAGAAUCUUGGCACUCCGAUAACAUCCUAUGACUUUGAGGAUGAAGACACAGAGCAAGAAAUGUCCGACAUUGAGAGAGAGCAAGUCCUUCAAGAAUCCCAGAGGAUCACUAGUAGUCCUUCAAAGGAGCCUAUUUAUGCCGUCCCACUUAAAGAGAAAAGGAAGCACAACGCUCCUGUAAGUGAGGAUCAGAGAUCCAGUAGCAAUUCUCCUGCUAAAGACAAUUUAGAGGAUGUUCCUGAGAUUUCAGACACUGAUCACAGAGAAGAGAGCAGAGUGGUGAGUGAUGCUCCAGUUACGUCUCCGACCCCCAGUUCUGACAUUGAAACAAGCCGAAGGUCCCCAAGAAGAAAACAAACAGAAGGGGUUAAAUCAGAAAGCAGAGUGGAUGCUCCAGUUACGUCUCCGACCCCCAGUUCUGACAUUGAAACAAGCCGAAGGUCCCCGCGGAGAAAGCAAACAGAAGGGGUUAAAUCCGGUGGAGAUGAACGUUUAAAUCAAGUUCCGACUGGUGCUAGCAAGGAAGCGUCUGGAAAAUUGAAAGCCAGAAUUCAUCACUUGACCAGCGAUAAUACUGACUUGACCAAUCAGCUGGAAGAAGUGAGGCAGCAGAUGAAAGCGAUGCGAAUUAAAAUCAAAAAUUUAAAAAAUGAAAAAAGGGCCCUGACAGAAUCAUUGCAAACACAGAAUACUGAAGCUGACACUGCUGAGUUGAUAUCGCUACAGGAACAGGCACAAGAAUUGGUAGAUGAAAAUGAUGCUUUAAAGAUGACAGUCCAUCGAUUAAACGUGGAGCUCAGCCGCUAUCAGACAAAAUAUAGACCUUUGUCCAAGGAAGAGCAAGUAAAGAUUCAUGGAUUGCCUCAGAGAGGUCCCCCACCUCCUUGGCUGCUCGACAUGAAGUAUUUGUCGCCUUUGUUACUGGCCUACGAAGACCGAAUAAAAGAAAAAGACGGUUUAAUUCAAUCUUUCGAGGAGGAAAUGACCAACAUAAAAACCAGGAUUAAAAAGGUUAUUGAAGAAAAUGAGCAGUUGCACCAACAUUUAGAAGAGAACAGGCCUGUAUCUACUAAUGAAUGGCAGCUGAGACAGACUCAAGCCAAGUUGCUCUUAGAAGAAAACCAAGUCUUGAUGGAGAAGCUGGAAGUCCAACAGGCUAAAGAGAGAGAAACUCACAGCCAGCACAUUCAGGAAGUGUCCCAAUUAACGAAGCAGGUAAUGGUUCUAGAAGCGAAGAAGCAGAGUCAAGAGGAUGAACUGUCAGACAUGCAGAAACAGCAGGAUGUUUUACGCUCAAAGUACGAAGACCUGAAAAGCAAGGUGGAUGGUUGGAUCGACGUAAACGAACACGUUGCCAUGGUGAAUGAAUUAAAAAGUAAUCUUCAGCAAGAGAAAGAUAAAAGCAAGGCUGACAUACAGGAGCUGAUGGACAAAAUCUAUGCUCUGCAAGAACAAAAGAAACGUCUUCAUCUGGAAAGAAAUGACUUAUUAGCGGAUAAUAAGACCCUUGAAGCUGAAGUAGAGACAGUGAAGAAAACAAACAGAAAAUUACAGAGAAAGGUUGGGCAGUUGAAGAACCAGCUGGAAGAUGCGAUGGACAAAGAGGUCGCAGCUCAUCAGUAUUUGGCCAACCUCGUCACUCUGGCAGAGACCAUAUCUGGAGAGAGAGAUGAACUCAUUCAAAUUGCCCAUGGCUUAGAAACGGAAAAGAAUGGCGUCUUAAACAAGAUGGUGGAAGGAAACGUACGCUUGGGAAGGCUACAAGAGAUGGUUAAGGUAUAUAGGCAGAAGACCGCCGGAGAGCUUCGAGGUAUCAGUCACAAACUGACGAAGCAGGAGGAAGACUUUGCAGGCAAAGCAAGUCAGCAUCAGCGAGAGAUGAGAAACCUCCGGCGCCUGUUGCAAGAUAGACAAGAAAGCCUGGAUGAAGUAUUGCUGCAGAAAAGACAAAUAGAAGGGGAACUUGAUGUCAUUUGGGAAUCGACAACCCAUGAAAAUGAACAUCUAAAGGCUCUUUUACAGAAGGCUAUGAAGCAGAGCAAAUCAAAACCCAUCAAUGCCUCUCAGGUCUUUGCUCCGCACUCGGAACAGGAGUACAGCUUUGGCUACUGCGAUGUCAAUUCCUCGUCCCAUGCAAGAGACUCCGUCCAAUAGACUGUUCCGAAAAAUACGAAGUGGAACAUUUCACCUCUCCAGUGGCCAAUCUCUGCAUUCUGAUCAUCUGAAGCAGGGCUGCCCAAAAGGUAGAUCCCCAAAACUACAACUCCCACGAUUCUUUGCAUGCCUUUAAAAUCACAAACCAUCCUGGAAGCUGUAGUUUUAGAACAUCUGGGGACCUACCUUUUGGGUACCCCUGUUCUAAAGAAUACAAUUGUAAUGUUGUGUUUUGCUAUGCACCUCAAGCGAUCUACAUACGAGUCUUAUCUUAUGCUGCACCCUAUAUAUACAUAGUAAUAUUGAAUGUUAAUAUUGCACAUGCCAAAUGUAAAUAGAAUAGUGAAAUCACAUUCAGGAUCUUUACAGGGUGAAUGAUGCUCAUCACCCAUCACCGUCUUUAGUUACCCGAUGUUUACGGUAUUAGUGAAACCGAUUUAGAAAAAACAUGAAUGUCAAUCAAAGACUGAUGUAGACUUAUCAGAGAUCCCUAAAGUGCCAGACACCUUUUAAACGGCUAUGGCAGUAUUUGCACAAACUCUCCAUUUCAGGCCUGGCUGUUUAGUUUGUUUUAGCUUUAAAUGAGCUGCUGUAUCAGUAUUGCACACACCGUUUGCUAAGCCCAAAAUACAUAAUAGAAAUAUAUAUAUAUAUAUAUAUAUAUAUAUACUAAAGGAUAUUCAUGUUAAAAAGUGUCGCCCAUCAUCAUACCUUAAUGCUACUGUGCCAUAUAUAAUUUUGUUAAAAUUCCUGUGACCUUUUUAAAGGUUACAAUUUCUGGAAGGGGAACAAAAGUGUACACAACGACGAAAUAUACUAACAUCAGAUUUUAGCUGAUAUUUGAAGGCAAUAAAGUCAGCAACUACCAGGACCAUAACACACUGCGGUGUGUUUAGAUACUAGUGUAACCUAGGCUUUUUGACUGGUAUUCACUGUGAACAGGUAACCCUUACAUGGGUCAAUAAUUGCUUUAAUUUUGGUAAUUAAAUAAUGUUCUGAUAAUUCUAGAGAAGGCCGCCAAAAGAUUUUAUUUACUCUGUCCUCCGAUGGAAUCCUGGAGGUAAUUUGCCCCCGCCGCACGUCCAUUCUAAAAGUCGCUACGUGAAGCCAAAGGAAUGUUUCCGUGCUUCAAACAGACAAAUGCAAAUGAUCAGAAUAAACGUCAUUAAAAUGCAAUCCUGUAAUUGUUCUGCAUGAAAAUGCUGCAAUCUAGCUGCUUUCGCUUAACAUAUCCGUUUCUGAAAUUUUAUGUCAAUCAAACGAAGUGCAAUACUGUAAACAAUGUAAGAUGGUAUUUUUGCACAUAAAAUAGAAAAUGGCUUUAUAUAUUAGGUUGCUCAUUUGUUAAA